GUGUAAUUAAUUACCCAUUGUGCAUAAACCAAAAGGAUAACACUUUAACUGAAAUUGUACUAAAAAUGUAAACAUGUCAAUGUCAGCUGGUGGAUUUGUUUGCUGAUGUUUUGUAUACCUGUUUGUAGUUUGUAAAUAUUGUGUUUAUUAUUGUUUUGUUUGUCUAUUGUGUUAUCGUCCGAUAGAAAGAAACGCGAUGCAUAGUGGAAAUGAUGAGGAUGCUGACUUUGAUAACAUUAUAAAAUAUGCCCCCGAAGAGAGUGAUGAUAGUCGCCCAGUCGGAAAUGAGCCAUCCGAAAAUAUUGCAGACAUUGCGAAAAUUGUCAAGGCAUUACAAUGCCAAAAAUGUGAUUUCGUGAGCAGUUCAAUCGAAGUGCUCUUGCAGCACUUCAAAGCACACUCAAUAUCAACAUCGCCGACAGACGUAACGGAUAAUUCGAAUGAAAGUGUGGAAGAAAUAUUGGUUUGCAGCCUUUGUUAUGGCCAAUAUACUUCGUUGGAAAUUUUAAGGAACCAUAUGAUUACCGAUCAUGGUUGCACGGAGAAAGUUCAGAAGAACUCCACAUUGAGGCCUUCUAAGUCGAGUUCCCCGAUGGACAGAGAAGGCUGUAAUGCUGACGUUGAAGACAACAAGAGUGAAGAUUCAGUGAGUCCGUCAGAAGAUGAAACGGCGCCAGUUUCAUUCAAGGAUUUUAAGUUGCGAUUGACAAGAUCGCUUAUUUAUAAAUGUUCUGUGAAAGGUUGUUUUUAUAAAUUUGAGUCUCGCGAAAAACAGGAGCAACAUCUGCAAUGUCAUUGUUCGACAGAGGCUGACAAGGUCCGCGAUUUUAAAUGCACUGCUUGCACUAUCGACCUUAAAACAUGGCGAAACUGCUCGUCCCAUAUGUGGAAAGAACAUAAAAAGGAUGUGGAUUUAUUGAAAUGUCCGAUUUGUACCUACAAAGCUAUUACUGCAGUAAAAGUUUGGAGACACAUGCGGGUUCAUGGAAGGUGGCGGUCGAAAGUGUUGAAGCGCAAGCACGUAAACAAAGAAAAUAAGGACAAAGGCAUUAUACGCUGGUACACGCAGAAGACUUGCGAAAUUUGCAGUAGAAUUUUUGCAAAUUCGCGAACAUUAUCCAAACAUGUAAAAACUGUUCAUAAUCGAAUUAAACCAUUCAUCUGUAACGUUUGUGGCCGAAAGUCAGCAAGAAAAUCGACGUGGAUUGUGCAUAUGAGGCAACACACUGGUGAACGUCCAUACCAAUGCAAAUCCUGUUUGUUCAAAGCAAGUGAUCCAAGCGUGUUGAAAAAGCACGAAAUGAGACAUAGUAAUACAUCCAGCUAUAAGUGUAAUCUUUGCGAGUAUUCCGCCAUUCAAUCGAGUAGUUUCAAAAAUCAUAUGAAACUUUACCACCCAGAGGAAUUCAAGAAGAUUCUUUGCGAUCAAUGCAAUUACAUAUCCGUCAAUUCGGAUGUACUUGAGGCGCAUAAAAAAGAUCACAAGAAAGGAUUGAUUCAAAACGAAGACUCUUCAGAAGCCAGGAUUACAACAAGCUCUCUGAAAAUCACCACAAAUCCACAUGCUGAAAAGCCAACCGGAAAUGUAGAGAUAUCUUCUGACUGCUUUUUGCCACUCGAGAGUACCGAUUCUAUUGCACAUGAUCCAUCAAUUGACACAGGCGGAGUAACGAUUCCUGCUCAUUCAGAGGAUACACAGUUUCCCCCUACGUUUAUGCAUCCGUAGUGCCAACAAAGCGCAAGUUGGUCGAUUUAUCUGCUAUAAGGUUCAAUGUCGAUUUUCGCUUUAUUGUUAUUUAUUUUUUAUGGUAAUAAA